CGGCUUGGCGAUUCAUCGCGUCUGUGAUAUCAAUAUCCAUGAGUGUAUUUUCGAGCAACACAGCUUAGAACGGAUGUGUGAUUUCAGAUACAGUAAAGUCAUACCCCUAAUAUGGAGCUGUCGUGUUCGGUUUGUUCGGAGCUUUAUGUGCCUACCGUGCAUGUGGUCAUUACACCGUGCGGCCAUAUGUUUCAUAACGAUUGUAUCCUGCCGUGGUUAGAACGAUCCAGAACGUGUCCGGAUUGCCGAACAGAAUGCAGUCCGUCAGGACUGAUAAAAGUGCAUUUCAAUGUGACAGCACACCUUGAAAGGAACAAUGCAAUGCUGAUGGAAAAGCUGGACAAUAUAACGUUGAAACUUGGUGAAGCAUUAACAAAGAUUGAACAAACGACAGACACGUGUAAGGAGAAGCAGGACAGGUUGAACGACACCUUACAAACACUACUGGAUGAAAUGCGAACGCAGAAUAUGGGGAUUCGUGAUCUGGAGCAUAAGAUGGAUGAGUGUACAAUGGGGCUGGGAGAUUUUAUGACAUGUAUGUUUGAUGCUAAAGAGUAAAACUAAGA